CGCGAAUAAAUAAAAUCCCCUCCAAUGUGGGCAGCUUUCUUCUCCGCUGCCCGAUCUUUCUCCAAGUCUCUCCUUGCCACCCUUUCUCCUUCUCUUCGCGUAAAAAGCUAUCAAAGAAUCGUUUUUUCUUUAAAAUUUUCCAUAUAUCUAAAAGACCAUGAGUCUUUUUGGCCUUGGAAGGAACCAGAGAACAUUCCGGCCCAAAAAGAGUGCACCCUCAGGGAGUAAGGGGGCUCAGUUAAGAAAGCACAUUGAUGCCACAUUAGGCAGCGGAAACUUAAGAGAAGCUGUAAGGCUUCCUCCAGGGGAAGAUAUUAAUGAAUGGCUAGCUGUCAACACUGUUGAUUUCUUCAACCAGGUGAAUCUUCUUUACGGCACCCUCACUGAGUUCUGUACGCCAGAAAACUGCCCUACAAUGACUGCAGGCCCCAAGUAUGAGUAUAGGUGGGCUGAUGGUGUACAGAUUAAGAAGCCUAUUGAAGUUUCAGCCCCAAAAUAUGUUGAAUAUUUGAUGGAUUGGAUUGAAACUCAAUUGGAUGACGAAUCUAUAUUUCCUCAAAGGCUUGGUGCACCUUUUCCUCCGAACUUCAAGGAUGUUGUCAAGACAAUAUUCAAACGCCUCUUUCGUGUAUAUGCACAUAUUUAUCACUCUCAUUUUCAGAAGAUCGUGAGCCUUAAGGAGGAAGCCCAUUUGAAUACGUGCUUCAAGCAUUUCAUACUCUUCACCCAUGAGUUCGGGCUGAUUGACAAAAAGGAGCUGGCUCCACUCCAAGAGCUCAUAGAAUCUAUUAUUGUUCCUUACUGAGCACAUCCUCUUUCACUUUGCUUUUUAACCUGUUUUAAUAGGAAUUACUAAUUAGUAUAAUGUGAUAAAAAUGUAUUUUAGUCUUCUAAGUAUGUAGCCUAAGUUGACAUUUUAGCAUCAUUAAUAUUGUGCCUGUCUUGUAGCAUUUUAGUUUUUCUACUUGCUUUUAUUUUAUAUACUAUAUGAAUAAAUAAAGAGCAUCCGAGUGGCAGUC